AUGGAACUCGCACUGGCUGUGAAAACUAUGAUAGUUGUUAAUAUGGCACUCUGUGGAGCUGUGCCCACCACUUCACUCAACCAAGAUGAGCACUCUAAAGCCCAGGACUAUCUGUCUCAGUUUUUCUCUGAUGUGGGUGUCAGCGCCCCCAGCAGUGUCCACCGCAGCUCUCUGGAUUCUUUUCAAGACACUCUCAGAAAAAUGCAGGAGUAUUUUGGCCUGGAGGUGUCGGGGCAGUUGGACUCCAACACCAUGGAGGUGAUGGCUCGCCCCCGCUGUGGUUUCACAGACGUGACCAGAUACGGCCACUUUGACGGUCGACCGAAGUGGGACAAGACUGUGGUCACAUACAGGAUAACUCAAUACACACCAGACUUGAAUCAAAGUGAUGUGGAUGCCACUAUAGCCAAGGCUCUGAAACUCUACAGUGACAUCAUUCCUCUGGAUUUCAAGCACAUCCAAAGCGGCACCGCUGAUAUUAUGAUCAUGUUCAAGGCUCAAGACCAUGGAGAUUUCGCUCCAUUCGACGGGGAGGGUGGGGUCUUGGCCCACGCGUUCUCCCCUGGAGAGGGCAAUGGAGGGGACACCCAUUUUGAUGAAGAUGAGAGCUGGACUCUUACCUCAGCAGGAGCCAACCUGUUCUUGGUGGCAGCGCAUGAGUUCGGCCAUGCACUGGGGUUAGCCCACUCUCAGGUCCAGACGGCACUGAUGUUUCCCACCUACCAAUAUGUGAACACAGAGGGAUACAUGCUACCAGAUGACGACAGACAGGGAGUACAAGCUAUCUACGGAGUCAGAGCAUCAUCUCAGCCAACAAUUAGACCUCCCCCAAACCCACAGCCCACCAAACAACCUAGACCUGAACCAGAUCCUGAACCCACAUCAGAACCUCUUCCAGACAGGUGCAACAGGAACCUGAUCUUUGAUGCUGCAACCUCCAUUCAAAGGAGUCUUUACUUCUUCAAAGACAAACAUUUCUGGAAGAGGAGCAGCUCCUGGGACGGCAUCAGUACAAAGAAGAUACAGUCUGUCUGGCCUGGAAUAAGCAGAGUUGAUGCUGCUUAUGAGUAUAAGAAACACAAUACUGUAAUUUUCUUUGAAGGGGAUCAUUACUGGGGGAUCAGAGGAAACACUGUCUUACCUGGCUAUCCCAAACCUCUCAGCAACUUUGGCCUCCCUCCAUCUGUCACCAAGGUAGAUGCUGCUGUCUAUGUGUCAGUCACAGGCAGAACCCUGCUCUUUGCGCAGGACAGAUACUGGAGCUACAAUGAAAGGAGGGGCAGAAUGGAUGGUGGGUACCCGAAAUCCAUUCGCAGAGGCCUCCCUGGGAUCGGCUCCAGAGUGGAUGCUGCCUUUGAGAACAGAGGUUCCCUUUACUUUUCAUAUGGAUCCAGACAGACAGAGUACCACUACCAACGAAGAAGAGCGAUUCUCACUCUGUUAAACUAUGAAUGGAUGGAUUGCAACUAA